UUUUUUUUUUCAUUUUUCAUCACAGUCAUAGUCUACUGAUCUGAAGAAAGCAAGUCUUUCGUUUUCUUUUCCUUUUUUUCCCUCAUGUUUUCUGUUUGUAUCCAUAGUGUUCCGUAAUAUCAUUUAACUAAAGAAACAUACAUACCCACAAAUCCCGCAUCUAUAUAAAAAUGUUCACCAUACUGGGUUUAAUUUCAAGCUUCAUUGGUAUGGGUGGCCUUGUUUUGGCCAUCGUCUCUUUAUUUCCCUUGAACGGUUAUAAUAUAUUCCUGACAUCAAGUACGAUAAUAAAACUGAUUUUGUUCGAAUAUGACAGACUAUCCACCCUAAGUAUAAUCACAACAACAACAGCAGUGAAUUUACAGCAGCCGCCACAAUACAUUUUUAUCAAUAUCUCUAAGGAAGUCCUUUUCUAUCUGCUAUUCUUAACCGCCUCCUCUAUGGCUAGUGUACUGCAUAAUAUAACUACAUUUGUAGCAUUUUGUCAGUGCCAAUGGUUGACCUUACGCAGUAAAGAAACAGAAGAAGUUCUUGCAGAAGAAGAAGCAGCAGCAGCAGCAACAGCAGUAUCUGCAGAGGAAGUGGGAGCAGCUUGCGUGGCGGAAAGAGAGGAAGAAAGUGCAAGAAGAAAAGCUGUUGUGGGGGAUGAUAUCGAAGGGCAAGAGGACAGCCAAGAGCGUAAGAAGUAUAUAAAUAACAGCCAUGUCCAUAAAGAUAUGACGAGCAUAGCAGAUCAUCGUCAUCGUCGCCGUCGUAAGCCAUGGUUUGUUCGACUCUUCUGUUUGACUUUAAUGACAGAGCUAUUUGUAGCUCUGCUUGGCACACAACUUACUAUGAAUAAAGCGAAAGAGAUUGACGCUUCUGUGAUACCAUUGACAAUUCAAACGGAUACCCUUUUUUCAUGUGGCAUUUUAUGGAUUACUUCUUUAUCCAUUGUCUUUUUUUCUUUUAUCAUUUUAUUUGCAUCCUUUUGUAUACUUAUUGGAUCUUAUCAACAAUGUAACAAAACACCGAAAAAAACAAGGAGAGGCAUGCGUUCAUCGGUGACAACCCAUCCACUUCAGCAGCCAUCAGCAUCUCCUACUAUAAGUCAUGAUGAGGACGACGAUAAUAAUGAAGAAGAAAAUGAAAGACGGCCAUUGCUCUUGAACUAACCCACAUUUUUCUUGGAAUAAAAAAAAAAAAAAAAAA